AUGGAUAACGUCAAGAAUUCAGGGGCCGAACAUAUCGAAUUACCCGAGAUGGGGGACACAUCAAAGGGCUCAGGCAUUGCUGUGCCAGCAUCAUCUGAUAUCAGGCUGCUCAUCAUGAUGGUGAUCAUGUACUUCUUGAACUAUUUGUAUCGCAACAACAUUGCAGCAGCGAAAUUGGCUGGUUUGCAAGCGGACCUAAAGCUUAGAGGUGACCAAUACCAGCUAAUUGGCGCAGUUCCUUCAAACCUGAUCCUCAACAAGCUCGGAAAGCCUUCAAUCUAUCUACCUGGCUGUAUGGUAGCGUGGGGUGUCAUUUCGUGUUGCACUGCGGCCACCCACAACGUUGCUGGCUUGUUGGUCGUUCGGUUUCUACUCGGAUUCGUCGAGGCUGCAUACUUUCCCGGAUGUCUAUAUCUCCUAUCAGCCUGGUAUACCAGGAAAGAGUUGGGGAAACGGACCGCGUUGCUAUAUGCAGGUUCAUUGAUCUCGGGUGCAUUCUCCGGUCUGAUAGCCGCCGGUAUCACGAGCGGCUUGAACGGUGCACGAGGCAUCGCUGCAUGGAGGUGGAUUUUCGUUAUUGAGGGAGCUCUAACUAUCUUCGCGGCUUUGAUCGCAUUUUUCAUUGUUCCCGAUCUACCCCGAACCACUUCGUGGCUAACGGAUAACGAGAAAGUCUUUGCGGCAUGGAGACUAGAAAAGGACAUUGGCGAAGAUGACUGGGUGGAUAAUGAACAUCAGAGCAUGACCAAGGGUGCAAAGCUCGCCGUCACCGUGAUGGCCGGACUUGGCCGAAACAACAUUGAUACCUUGCUUCUGACUACACCUCCAUAUCUUAUCGCUACCCUUGUUGUGUUGGUGCAUGCCUGGAAUGCCGAUCGAACAGGCGAGCGAUACCUUCAUAUAGCACUCCCGCCUGUCGCUGCUAUUGUUGCAUUCAUAUUAGCUAUGGCAGGCAACAACUUCGCCGCUCGAUAUGUGGCAAUGUGUAUAAUGCUUGGUGGCAUUAACGCAGGUUACGUGGUGUCUUUGGGAUAUAUUUCAAACAACUCCGCCUCUCCUCGUUAUAUCGCCGCCUUCAGUGUCAAUAUCGCUUUGCUUGCGAUGACAAUUGUAAUUUCCACCAGCCUUCGCAUUUAUUUGGGUGGAUUAAAUAAACAGCUCGAUGAAUUAGAAGGUGUUGAUCUCACGCGGGCUCGUGAGAAUGAAGAACACGGCUUGCCUGGCCGGGCAGUGGCAGAGGGAUUCCGGUUCUUGCUCUAGUGCUCGGAGGACUUUGCACUAUUACCAUUAGUUGAGUCUUAGGACCUAUUCUCCAUGUUAUGCACUAUAGGUUGUGUUCAUUGUGUCACAUGCCCUACAAGAGGCCAUUUAUGGGCGCCUCAACACCCAGACAAUCUCGUUUUUUUUUUAUCCCGACUAUCAGAUCCUGAACUAUGGCGACGAUGCGGCAAAUCUUUCG